AUGGCAUUUGAGGGUCUUACCGGGGGAGCCAUCCGUAACUAUAUUCACUUUAAUCCGUUGGGACCUAUCGCAAAUCCUAUUUUAUCAUUCGCAUCGGUUUCCGAUGGCGAAACAGGAAUUACAAUUAACACCCUAACACUGCCCGGCCCAGCAGGAAUUAUUAUGGGGACAGAAAAUUAUAAUGCGGCGGACCCAUGCAUAAAACUCGCCCAAACUGGUAAUUUGCCACCGGUACGAAUAUCGUUGGAUCCAAUCCUAAACGCAAAUCCUGUUUUAUCAUUCGCAUCGGUUUCCGAUGGCGAAGCAGGAAUUACAAUUAACACCCUAACACUGCCCGGCCCAGCAGGAAUUAUUAUAGGAAUAAAAAGCUAUAAUGCGGCGGACCCAUGCACAAAGCUCGUCCAAACUAGUAAUUUGCCACCGGCACGAAUAUCGUUGGAUUCCAACCUAAACGCAAAACCUACCCAAACCAGUUUUAUUACAUUGGGACCGACAACAGCGUAUUUUAACAAUUUGGAAAACCCCGGUUCAUCAUUUACGCCGCCAUCAGAUCGCACGACCAUUGCUGCCUCGCCGAUACUGGAAAACAUACAGGCUGCAAAUAUCAGAAACUGGCAUAAUAUCUAA